UGAACGUCCUCUUUUCCAUAUAUCCGUCUCCAAUGGAAAUACGUUCAAGAUGGCGUCGCUCAUUGACAACUAUGAGCAACAAUACGCCGUUUUGACAGCUGACAUUACUGCAAAAAUUGGUAGAAUAAGAACACAAAGCGGCAAUGAGAAAAGGCUGUCCAUUCAAGAUGUGGAUAGGCAGAUCGAAGAGGCUCAAGAACUGCUCGAGCAAAUGGAAUUGGAGGUUCGUGGGGUGAAUGGUGCAGCACGUGAUCGCUUGCGCGGUCGAGUAGAGAGUCAUAGGGCAGAAUUAAAACGAUUGACACAAGAAUUUCAAUCAGCCAAAAAGGCAAAGGAUGAAAGUAUUGAAAUAAGCAGGGAAGAUUCAUGGGAGAAUAAUAUUACAGAGGACCAGAAAAAAAGAUUAUUAGAUACCUCGGAACAAAUAGACCGCACAGGUAGAACUUUACAGAAUGGAUAUCGAAUGGUAUUAGAAACAGAAGAAAUUGGUUCUCAAGUAUUGAAGGAACUGCACGAGCAAAGAGAGACGAUUCAAAAAGGAAGAGCAAGGUUACGAGAUACGGAUGCAGAGCUAGGUCGUGGUUCACGUUUACUCUCGGGAAUGAUGUUUAGAAGUCUUCAACAAAGAAUUAUUUUAGCAGUAGUGGGAUUAACGCUUAUAAUUGUUGCUUGUAUUGUCAUGUACUAUAGCUUUAAAUCUAAAAGCUAAAGAUGAAAGUAGAACGAACGUUUUGGUCGGCAGAUAUUGGUUCAGAAGCCAUAUUUAAUAUUCACUCAAUUUCAGGUAACCACAUGCCAACGUCACCGGUAUGAUGCCAGCCGAAUUCAUCGAUAACUUGAGCGGUUCUUUCGGGAUCCUUGAAGUACCCUACGAAAACGUUGGUGCCUUUUACGCACACUUCGCCUUGAUUCUUCUUCGCAAAGUAUUCCAU